CCUGUUGCGCGUUUAGAUAAGUCGUUCGGCCGGCGAAAGAGAAGAUAUCUGCGGGAUCUAUUCGAGAGUCAACAAAAAGCGGAAUAACUUUGUCCUUAAAGCUUUGUUCUUAUCCACGAUGAAGGUUUUGAUCGCCUUGUUUGUUGUGGCGUUAGUGGAUGUGGUCGCAUCACAAUGUUCUUGUAACAGUAUGAAAUGGGCCAAAUGUGAUGGAGACCCAUGCCAGUGCACUCUUCAAUUUUCUCCAACAAACAAGCAACCGCUUGAUUGUACAAAAUUGAUUCCCAAGUGCUACCUCAUGAAAGCGGAGAUGUAUCGUGCCAGGAACAACCUGACCACAAGAUCAAUUAGUGGGAAACCUGUAGAAACUGCCUUUGUGGACAAUGAUGGCAUCUAUGACCCAGAGUGUGAGAGUGAUGGAAAGUUCAAGGCUAUCCAGUGUAAUGGCACUGAUGUGUGCUGGUGCGUCAACAGUGCUGGUGUGCGCAGAAGUGACAAGGGAGACAAGAACAUCAAGUGUGAGCCCGUGGAGACCUAUUGGGUUCGCCUGGAACUGAAGCAUAAAGCAAAUGACGCAACCGUUCCUCUUGAUGCUACCAAACUGAAGACUGGGAUUGAGAAUGCUUUGCUGGAACGUUACAAGUUGGAUAAGAAAUUUGUAUCUGAGGUUAAGUAUGACAGAGAUGGCCGUCUCAUUGUUGUGGAUGUCAAAAAGCCUGAGAAAGAACGUAUUACAGACCUGUCUCUCAUGACUUACUACAUGGAGAAGGAUAUCAAAGUUAAGCCCCUCUUUCAAGACGAAAAACCAUUUGAAGUCAGUGUUGAGGGAUCAAAGGUGUCCAUGGAGAACAUCCUGGUGUACUAUGUAGAUGAAGUGGCGCCCACCUUCACCAUGCAGAAGCUGACUGGUGGUAUCAUUGCUGUCAUUGUGGUGGUCAGCUUGAUUGUGAUUGCGGGACUUCUGGUUAUGUUCUUCCUCGCACGGCGACAGAAGGCCCAGUACAGUAAAGCACAGCCCAGAGAGAUGGAGACCAUGUCUUAAAGCUAUUAAUAACGUCUCAUGUACCUGAGUCUGACACUGGGAUGUGCCCUAUGCUGAAGCUUAAACCUGCUGUACUUUUUUGCUUGUGACAUUUUUCAUGUUCGAUAAACUAAGUGUCUGUUACAUGCGGAGUACAGUUUUUGUUUUUAAAUGUUUGUUACAUUUUUUGCUAUUUAAUGAGGGCUCAUUUUCAAUUGGAUCAACAUUUUAACACUGUACAGUUUGACUUGUAAGUUUUUAAUAAAAUUUGUUUGUGUUUAAA